AACAGGUCAAGAGGAGGAGAAAGCACGUGUGACAGCCAGGCAAAGAGCUGUCCUUCGGAAGUGAAGUUGUUUUUGUAAUAUCUUUGCAUGUAGCCGGCCAGCCAUUGCGUCUAACGGAGAAGGCCAUACAACAGACUCACAGCAAACCUCUCGGCAACGGUAAUUGGUUGCUAGUUUUGAAACAGAGUUAAUCUUCAGGUAAACGAAUCAUGGUUAGCAAGACGGAUGACAUCCCAGCAUCAGUCCCGAGCUGUAACACCGUUGAUCUGGCUCGGGAAGGCGAAACAACGAACAGCAAAGAGACGAGCAAGACAGCCUUGAAAGAUCCAUGUGCAUGCGGGCACCGUGGUGACAAAGCAAUAAUGAACGGAGACAGUUGUCAUGAUCAUGCUGAGGAAGCCGACUCCAAGCAGGAUGGCAGUGCUGAUGCAGACUCUGGAGAAGAUGCAAAUGAACAAGAAGUGAUUGUAAUUCAAGACACCGGCUUUACAGUGAAGAUCCAAGCACCAGGAACUGAACCUUUUGACCUUCAGGUGUCACCACAAGAGAUGGUACAGGAGAUCCACCAAGUGCUGAUGGACCGUGAGGAUACCUGCCACCGCACCUGCUUCUCCCUGCAGCUUGAUGGCAAUGUACUCGACAACUUUGCAGAGCUCAAGUCCAUCGAGGGCCUACAAGAAGGUUCUCUUCUCAAAGUUGUAGAAGAACCCUACACUGUACGUGAAGCUCGCAUUCACGUUCGCCACAUCAGAGACCUCUUGAAGAGCCUGGAUCCAUCAGACGCCUACAAUGGAGUGGACUGCAACUCCCUUUCGUUCCUCAGUGUGUUCACAGAUGGAGACCUUGGAGACACUGGGAAACGCAAAAAGAAGGGCAGUGAACUUGAGCAGAUCGAUUGCACACCACCAGAGCACAUUCUCCCAGGCAGCAAAGAGCGUCCUUUAGUUCCCCUCCAGCCACAGAACAAAGACUGGAAGCCUAUGCAGUGCCUAAAAGUCUUGACCAUGAGUGGCUGGAACCCACCACCCGGCAACAGGAAGAUGCACGGUGACCUCAUGUACCUGUACGUUGUGACAGUAGAGGAUAGACACGUCAGCAUCACUGCCUCCACCCGUGGAUUCUACCUCAAUCAGUCAACCACUUAUAUCUUCAACCCUAAGCCAGCCAACCCCAGCUUUCUCAGCCACUCUCUAGUGGAACUGCUCAGCCAGAUAAGCCCUGCCUUUAAGAAGAACUUCAGCUCUCUGCAGAAGAAACGGGUUCAGAGACAUCCGUUUGAGAGAAUAGCCACUCCUUUCCAAGUGUACAGCUGGACUGCACCACAGAUCGACCAUGCCAUGGAUUGCGUGAGAGCAGAGGAUGCCUACACCUCUCGUUUGGGUUAUGAGGAACACAUACCUGGCCAAACUAGAGACUGGAAUGAGGAGCUCCAGACCACCAGAGAACUUUCUCGUAAGAACCUACCCGAGCGUCUGCUAAGAGAAAGAGCCAUAUUCAAGGUCCAUAGUGAUUUCGCUGCUGCAGCGACACGCGGUGCAAUGGCAGUGAUCGAUGGCAAUGUCAUGGCGAUUAACCCUGGAGAGGAGACGCGCAUGCAGAUGUUCAUCUGGAACAACAUUUUCUUCAGCUUGGGUUUUGAUGUUCGUGAUCACUACAGGGAACUGGGUGGGGAUGCUGCCGCCCAUGCCGCCCCCACCAACGACUUGAACGGGGUGAGAGCGUACAGCGCUGUAGACGUGGAGGGUCUGUACACCCUGGGCACGGUGGUGGUGGACUACCGGGGUUACCGUGUAACUGCGCAGUCCAUCAUUCCUGGCAUCUUGGAGCGUGAACAGGAGCAGAGCGUCAUCUAUGGAUCCAUUGACUUUGGCAAGACUGUUGUGUCUCACCCCAAGUAUCUGGAGCUUCUGGAUAAGACCAGUCGCCCGUUGAAGGUGCAGAAACAUGCUGUGCUCAAUGAGAAAGAUGCUGCUGUGGAGCUUUGCUCCUCUGUGGAAUGCAAAGGUAUAAUCGGUAAUGACGGUCGCCAUUACAUACUGGACCUUUUGCGCACCUUCCCUCCCGACCUCAACUUCUUGCCGGUGGACGGAGAAGCUCUUGCACCGGAGAGCCAAAAGUUGGGUUUCCCACGUCAACAUCGCCAUCGCCUUGCGUGUCUGCGCCAGGAACUCAUAGAGGCCUUUGUGGAACACAGAUAUCUUCUCUUCAUGAAGAUGGCAGCACUUCAGCUAAUGCAGCAGAAGGCGAACAAAGACAGCAAGAACGCCCUUCAAGACUCGAGCACGGCAGAUGCAGUGUCUGAUGGCAAACCACCUGCCCUCGAAGCAUCCGACAAGGUUAUUGAAACCACAUCCUCCUCCGAAUCCGCUCUGUCUCCAGAAGAAUCCGUGCCUGAAAACUCCGCUCCAGAGAGCAAGGAGGCCAAUCUGAAUGCAGAGAUUCCUACGGCAAACACCAAUGGUACUCAUGAACCCUCAGCUGCAGAGAACCAGAACGGAGGCUGUGAUAGUCCAUUGGAGGGUAAGGAAGCUGAUGAAAAUAUACCUGGACUUGCCCAAGCUAAAGAGCUGGCCGAGUCCUUAGCAGCAGAAGAUGGAUCCGGUAUUGACCCCAAAAGCAGAGAAGUGGUCCUCAAUGCUUGUAAAGCUGUGGGCUCUAUUAGCAACACUUCUUUCGACAUUCGAUUCAACCCAGAUAUUUUCUCUCCAGGAGUGCGUUUCCCAGAAGAAAUUACAGAGGAGAUUCAGAAACAGAAACAACUUCUCAAAGAUGCUGCGGCUUUCUUAGUGUCUUGCCAGAUCCCAUCUUUUGUAAAAGACUGUUUAGAUCACAGCUCUCUGCCAAUGGACGGAGCAACUCUGACAGAAGCCCUCCAUCAACGUGGCAUUAACAUGCGUUACCUUGGUACUGUGCUGGAGUUUAUGGACAACAUGUCUGCAAAAGCACAACUUGAGCACAUCUACAGAAUAGGAAUCUGUGAGCUGAUCACCAGAUGUGCUAAACAUAUCUUCAAGACAUAUCUUCAGGGUGUAGAGCUCUCUGCUCUUUCUGCUGCUGUGAGCCAUUUCCUAAACUGCCUAUUAAGCGCCUUCCCAGACGCUGUAGCUCACCUCCCUGCGGAUGAGCUGGUGUCACGCAAAAAGAGCAGGAAGAGACGCAACAGGGUCCCCGGUGGAGGGGACAACACCGCCUGGGCCAGCCUGACCCCCAGUGAGCUGUGGAAGAACAUUGCUUCGGAGGCACAGAGCUACUAUCAAUUUGGUCUGCAAUGUGAAAGUGUGGACCAGGCAGUAGAGAAAUACGGCUUGCAGAAGAUCACACUGAUGAGGGAGAUUUCGAUCAAGACUGGGAUUCAGAUCUUGAUAAAGGAGUAUAACUUUGACAGCCGUCACAAGCCGGCCUUCACUGAGGAAGACAUCCUGAACAUCUUCCCCGUUGUAAAGCACGUCAACCCCAAAGCUUCAGAUGCCUUCCAUUUCUUCCAGAGCGGGCAGGCCAAGGUUCAGCAAGGCUUCCUUAAGGAGGGCUGUGAACUCAUCAAUGAGGCCUUGAACCUCUUUAAUAAUGUGUAUGGAGCCAUGCAUGUGGAGAUCUGUGCCUGCCUGCGCCUGCUUGCACGACUCAACUACAUUAUGGGCGAUCACUCUGAGGCUUUGAGUAACCAGCAGAAAGCUGUUCUUAUGAGUGAAAGAGUGCUGGGCAUUGAGCACCCCAACACUAUUCAAGAAUAUAUGCACUUGGCCCUAUACUGCUUUGCCAAUGGUCAGCUGUCCACUGCCCUCAAACUGUUGUACCGCGCCCGAUACCUCAUGCUUGUUGUGUGUGGAGAGGACCAUCCUGAAAUGGCUUUGCUUGAUAGCAAUAUUGGUCUUGUACUUCAUGGUGUGAUGGAGUAUGAUCUCUCUCUGCGUUUCCUGGAGAACGCUUUGGCCAUCAAUUCAAAAUACCACGGGCCAAGGUCCCUUAAAGUAGCCCUCAGUCAUCACCUGGUGGCCAGGGUAUAUGAAAGCAAAGCUGAGUUUCGCUCUGCAUUGCAGCAUGAGAAGGAGGGUUACACUAUUUACAAGAACCAGGUUGGUGAAACACAUGAGAAGACUAAAGAGAGCUCCGAGUAUCUGAAGUACCUCACACAGCAGGCGGUGGCACUGCAGAGAACCAUGAAUGAGAUUUACAAGAAUGGAUCUAAUGCCAGCAUAAUGCCACUGAAGUUCACUGCACCAAGCAUGGCCAGUGUUUUGGAGCAGCUCAACAUAAUCAACGGCAUCAUCUUUAUUCCUCUCAGCCAAAAGGACCUGGAGAAUCUCAAGGCGGAGGUGCAGAGACGACAGCUGAUGCAAGAUACUGGGAAAAACGAGGAACAGCAAGGCAACCAUUUAGAACUGGAUGAUAAGUUGCCCGUGGAUGAUUAACAACCCCCACCCUCUCCACAUGAGGAGGACAUGAUGCUGCGACCAUCUGUUUGAACCUGUGGACCUGAGAACUGAGCUGUCUAAUUUAACCAAUCAAAUUUGAGCAUAAUGGGAAGGGGAGGAGCAGGAACAGGUGAAAAAUAUGUACAGAAUGUAGUUUGUAGCUGCGAAAGGAAUGAAAGCAGAUGUUUAACAUGUGCAAUUCAACAGAAUGACCCCUCGAGGUCUACCAGAGGAGGAAUCCGAGAAAAUAUGUAACAGUUGUCUGUGAGCUUACACGGAUGAGGCUGGAGGUGGCCAUGGACGACCAUGACAUUUUAAACCAGAGCCUUAUUCAUCGAUUAUCUUUUUUUGCUUCCAUCCAUUACUUUCUCACCUGAGCCUAGGAUUACCACAGUCCGUCCAAAAUGAACCAAUGAGUGUAGAGCGAUACACCUGCACCCCAUGUACACAUAGCUUAUCUGAAACUCAGGUGUUUUCUACCCUGCGUGAGACACCAUUCGAUUCACAGAGAUAGACAAUAAUCUUGGGCUUAAGAAUAUACAUUUUUAAUGUCUAGCCUGAGGGCCGAAUGGUCAUGUUGUGUCCCAUAUCGUGUUUCUACGGUCGCUGUGGAUGUUGUCCAUAGACAAGACCUUACAACUUUACAGAUGUGUGUUCUCAACCAAUCAUUUUAGAUUGGUUGAGUAUUUAGUAUUUGGGAUGGGUAAAGAAGCCAUUAGAUCAUUCAUGUACAUGUUAAUUUAAGCCAUGUUUGUUUUAUAGAAAUACAUUGAAUGUGAAAGGCUGUGUAAAGCUUUAUCAUUGGGGUUAGACAGGUACGUGAUUGAUGUUGAUUGAAAUACUGAUUUCAGAUGUCCAGUUUUGAGGUAGAUUGUGUUCAAACUAUUUUUCACUUUGUGUGUUUGUGUGUGUGUGUUUGUUCAUGUAUGUAUGUAAACUUGUGGUUGUCUGCCCUAGUGGAAAGAUGCAAAAAUAGGAUUUCUCAAAAAACUGCUGCAACAGAAUAUCACAAUGCUAUUUUUUUAUACAUACAGCAAUGAUGGACUCAUGCAACAGAUUGGUACAUUUGACUAGCAAGAUGGUAAACAUAAUGGUUUUUGUGUAUUGGACAAUACAAUCGAUUUUGAAUCUCCAGCUUCUGUCAUCUUGGAUGAAAAUAAUUUAGCACAAUAUUCAGGAACGUAUCAUUAAUGCUCUGUGGUUUAAAGGUCCUUGUUUCCUCUCUAGCAGUAUUUAUUGCACUUUCCUGUGUUUGCAUGGUGUUGUACGGCACCACCCAAAUGAGGAAAAGAUGGGCUGCUUCAUGUAACAUACCAAAAAAGACUGAGGAAGAUGUGUUUGCUUGUAUACAUGCUUUGUGUGUCCUGCAAAUGUCAAAAAUGUUGCUGUGCUGAAACUGUGUAUGAAGCAAUAUGCUGGAAUUAAGUGCAACUUGGUUAAUGCACAUGGAUGCAAGAAACUGCUAGCCUGAUUGUAUUUUCCAUAUAAAACAAAGUAAAAUUCUUUAAAAAAUGGUUUGUCUCUGAAACAUGGGGGGAAUUCCUUUACAUCACAAAUAUCUGUAUUAAACCUUGAAGCAGCAGUUGAUGGUUAAAAUUAGAACUCAUUGUGGCGGUUUCCCGGACAGGGCUUAUCCUAGUCCCAGACUAAAAUGCAGGUUUGAGCUGCUUUAAUUUAAAAAAACCUUGUCCUGUUUAAUUUUAACACAUAUCGGUGCACACCUGUAGUGUUUUUUUGUAAGGUAUGUUUAUAAAAACUUCUUAAAUUACCUAUUAUAAAUGAGGCCUAGUCCUGGAUUAAUCUAAACCCUGUCUGAGAAACAGCCCCAAUAAAGAUCUGUAUUGAAACAUUGAAACUAUGCUGCAGUACCCAUAGGUACCACAUGGAUGUGCUAUAGUCAACAUGUUUAAUACUGACUGUUAAUGGACAUAAACUCACUUCAUGACAUAUUGCAUUUGUAAAGAUAAACAGAAUAAAUUCAAUCUUUGAAGUUGCAAUUUAGGAAACCGUAUGCCAUAAUAAGCUCUUAGAAACAAGACUGGGGGUUGGUACAGUAUGUAGCUCAAAGGCCUAAUGUUAGUUCAGUGCUUUUAAGAACUCCAACAAUGUGUUGCUGGUAGUCUUGUUGUUAAAGCUUUAGGCAAGUGACAUGUAUAUGGUAACAUGUAUUACAGGUUCAGUUUUGAGCAAGGAUAACAUUUAAACUGGAAGGUUAUUGAGAUGACUCUGUCCUGUGUCCUGCAAAUGAAAAUAAAUAACAAUCAGUCUACACUGUUAAGAGGGAUCUUAAAACUGCUAAACAAAUGUGUAAAGUGUUUAUGUUGUGUACCAAACAGGCCAGUAUAACCAUUUUCAAGGCUAUUUCAAUAACUUCUUGCUUGAUCAACCUAUUUAAUGCAAUAUAGACGUUUAGUAUAUUUAAAACAUUUUUGGACUAUGUGGAAAAGGAAACAAAAGACCAGACAAUGUGCUUUUUUCAGAAUUACAAAACUAAAUUCCAAGUAUAUGUCUUUCUGGGUAUAAUAUUCAUAAUAUAGCUAAGAAUACAAUUUAUUUGACAUUUCUGUGUGGACGUUUACAUGUACAACAAAUAGGCUCUUUAUUGGACCUUUAAAAUUGUUAGUGAAAAAAUAAAAUAAUCCUAAAAAGCUCAAAUUUAAUUUAAAGGUCCCGUUUCUCAACAAAGGAGUUGGUGUACAACAGUCAAUACCACAAUGUGAAUUACCACAUGCCAAGCAUUCUUAAUCUAUUGCACAUUGUGUCUCACUUUUGCUUUCACUUAAAUGAAAAACAACCUGUUCAAACCCUGUCUAAACUAAAA